AACAAAGAAGAAAAAUCUGGCUUCCCUGAACAGCCGAAGCAGGCGGCUGGCCUAGAGCAAGAAGCCAUGCCAAAGAUCUGCACCCAGCAGUCCUCUCCCUCCCCUAUGUCACCCGACACACGUGAACGUGACCUGGACCAGCUUGAGAGCGGCGAAGAGAGGGAAUAUGAGGAUCUACCAUGGUCUCAACAAGACUCGUUUAGUGGCACAGGAGCCAUGGGCAGAGUGUCGCGUUUCGUGCACAUGGUCCAAGGCUGGAUGUCCUCAGGCCAAGAGGACGGGAGGCGCACCUCCAUCAUGGAGCACUCCCAGGAGGAGGAGUUCCAGGAGACCUGCACCGAGACCAGAGAACAGGCCCUCCACUUACGCAGGAGAAAUCAUGUCAGCCAAUGGCCUCUUGCCACCUAUAAUAUGAACAACUGCAACAACACAGACGAGUAAGUAAAAUCACCAUAAUCGGAAAUAAAUUGUUGUUUGAUGAUUGUCUUGUCAAUCAUCCCAAUGUGCUAC